CCUGAUGAUUAAUUGUUAUAAUCGUUUCCUUUUUCUUGCUGUCUGGACGUGAACCCCUUUGUAUUUUUCUACUGUUCGGCACAAUAAAGGAUGUCAGACAGCGAUUCAGAAUCAAAUAGCAGCAGCAGCAGCAGCAGCAGCAGCGACAGUAGCAGUACGAGGACCUCGAAGGAAGAGGCGGUCAAGAAAAUCAAAGUUGCCACCGACUCCAAGAGAAAAUACCACGAGAGCAUCGCUGAACAGACCGAUGUGAAGAAGACGCCCCUCAUAGUUAGCGAAGACAGUGAAAGAAAGUCAGAAGAUAAUCCAGCAAAUACCGAGGCACAGCAAAGCAUGCAAGAAGAAUCGCAGACAGUCAUACAGGCACAUGGGAUGAACCCUCUUCCCUUCCCAGUAACGUAUAAUCCAUACAAUGAAUUGAUUAAACAAGAACUGGCACGGAUCAAAACACGAAUGAACACAAGUAUUAGUGCCAACUUACUUAAACGACCACUGAGGAAAUCAUAUCAUCCAUUUGUGUGGAACAGCCUACGUCCCUAUUCAGAUACAAGUAUAAUGAACUACAUGAUGUCUCUGCCAGACAACCAACGUCCCAACACGAGAGAACCUAAGCACUUGACCAGACGUACUGCCUCCAGAAUUGUUGACCCAGAAGUCUCCUGGAAAAUGGACAAUACAGUGCUACCACCCAUUGUGCCAGCAGCUAACACAGACAGGAAAAAAACAAGCGAAAUGACAACGUAUUCAAGAAUUGAAAAGGAAUUCUACAGAAUGCAUAUUGACAAAGUUUUCUUAAAUCAUCCAGCCCUCCAUGAGUCCAUGAAGAUGGCCUGUGUCACUUACAUGGGACAGACCCCCGACACUGCAAAAGCUAUUAGAAAGCUCACAGACUCCUAUAGCAAAUGAAUGAGUAAUAACAUGCUUGCAAAAGAAAAUUUUAUGAAUAUUUUCAAGAUGGUAUCAUUGAAUUUUAUUUUUGGUUGGGGAGAAUGGGGAGACUACAAAAGCUCUGAACCACACAAUGAAAAAAAUUAUGGGAUAGCCCUUAUCUCAUACGUAAGUGAAAAUAUUUCAUACGUAGUGGAUACUUUCCCAUAUGUAUGAGAUGUCUAAACGUACAUACGAGAUAAAGUAAAAAUGACAAAAGUGCACUUUGUGUAUCAAGUACAUACAUGAAAACAUCUCACACACACGUAAAAAGACCUUGUCUGUACGAGAUACUUUCACAUACAUUUAAAAAAAAUUACAAAAAUGCGCUUUUGUGUAUCCAAUGUGUAUGUGAAAACAUCUCAUAUGUAUGUAAAAGUAUAUAUACAUAUGUGUGUAUAUGAUAGGGGUUAUUAUACAAAUCAAAAGCAGGUAGUAGACAGCAUGAAAAUAGUGAACAAAAUCAGCUCAGCAUAUUUGUCAGACAGCAUCAGUGCAUAUGUUUUACCAGAAUGAAUCAUGAAAUCUUCAAAAUAAAUUUAAAGCCAAA